GCUGCGUCCCAUGAUUCAUUCAGCCAAACACUCUGCACAGCACGGGCCACACGACUGACGCUCAUCCGAGCCGGGGAAUCACAGAGGCUGGGGGUCCAAACUCCGUGGAGCAAGUGUCUCACUGACAGGCGGAACAAAGCCAGAUCACCAUGGCGGACGUUGGCGAGGUUUUAAUGUCGGUUUUGUCCACAAUUCGGGUCCCGAAGCCCGGGGACCGUGUCCACAAAGACGAAUGCGCCUUGUCAUUUUCCUCGCCGGAAACUGAGGGAGGCUUGUAUGUGUGCAUGAACACUUUCUUGGGUUUCGGGAGUCAAUAUGUGGGCAGACACCAUGCUCGGUCUGGUCAGAGGGCUUACCUGCACAUCACCCGGACACGUAAGGCCAAGAAAGAAGAUGACAAUAACUCUGGCUCUGGACACCCACCGAAGAAAAAGCCCACCAGACUGGCUAUAGGGAUUGAAGGAGGUUUCGAUGUGGAGCAGGAGCAAUACGAGGAAGAUGUGAAGGUGGUCAUUCUCCCAGACAGACAGGAGGUGACUUCAGAUGAUCUUGCUACCAUGCCUGAUGUUGUGAAGGAGCGGGUGUCGCUGUCAAUGGCAGGUAUCAUGGCAGCCGACUCAGUGUCUCACACCUUGCAAGUUCAGCAGUGGGAUGGAGAGGUGAGACAGGAGUCACGGCAUGCGGCUGACCUUAAACAGCUUGACAACGGGCUCAAGAUCCCUCCCAGCGGCUGGCGGUGUGAGGUGUGUGACCUCCAGGAGAACCUCUGGAUGAACCUGACGGACGGGAAAGUGCUGUGCGGUCGCCGGUACUUUAACGGCUCCGGGGGCAACAACCACGCCCUCCUGCACUUCCAGGAGACCGGUUACCCCCUCGCCGUCAAACUGGGAACCAUCACGCCAGAUGGCGCCGAUGUGUAUUCCUACGACGAAGACGACAUGGUGCUGGACUCGAAGUUACCGGAGCAUUUAUCCCACUUUGGCAUCGACAUGAUGACCAUGGAGAAGACCGAGCGGACCAUGACCGAGUUGGAGAUUGCAGUGAACCAGCGCGUGGGGGAGUGGGAGGUGAUCCAGGAGUCGGGGACCACCCUCCGGCCCCUGUUUGGCCCCGGCCUGACCGGCAUGAAGAACCUGGGAAACAGCUGCUACCUCAACUCUGUCAUGCAAGUGCUCUUCACCGUCCCGGACUUCGAGAGCAAGUACGUGUCGAAUAUUGACAAGAUAAUAGACGAAGCGCCAAGCGACCCAACCCAGGACUUCAAAACCCAAGUAGCCAAGCUCGGUCACGGCCUGCUGUCGGGAGAAUAUUCCAAACCGACUCCCGAGCCCGGAGACGAAAACGGCACACCUGAACCCAGGGGAGACCAAAUCGGAAUAGCGCCUCGAAUGUUCAAAGCACUUGUUGGGCGGGGCCACCCGGAGUUUUCCACUAAUCGGCAGCAGGACGCUCAGGAGUUUUUAUUGCACUUCAUAAACAUGGUGGAGAGAAACUGUCGCUCUGGGUCCAACCCGUCUGAAGCCUUCAGGUACCUGGUGGAGGAGAGGAUUGUGUGCCAGCAAUCGCAGAAGGCCAAGUACACACAGAGAGUGGACUACAUAGUCCAGCUGCCCGUGCCUAUGGACCAGGCCACCAAUACAGAGGAGCUUCAGGAGGCGGAGCGGCGCCGCGAGGAAGGAGACACAUCAGCCCCAACAGUGCGCGCACAAAUCCCCUUCACAGCUUGCAUGGCGGCCCUCAGCGAACCGGAGGUCCUCACAGACUUCUGGAGCUCGGCCGUGCAGGCCAAGACCACUGCUACCAAAACGACCCGCUUUGCCUCAUUCCCCGACCACCUGGUCAUCCAAAUUAAGAAGUUCACCUUUGGCCUUGACUGGGUGCCCAAAAAACUGGAUGUCAGCAUCGACGUUCCUGACACUCUGGACCUGAGCGCGCUGCGCGCCACCGGCCAGCAGCCGGGGGAGGAGCUGCUGCCAGAGGUGGCCCCGCCCCCACUCAUGACCCCAGAUGUUGAGGUUAAAGGUAUCCUGGGUUCCCAUGGCAACGAUGAGGACGACUCUCUCUACUCCCCACUGCUGUCUCCAGUCCUCGACGACUCCACCGUGUCUCAGUUAUGUGAAAUGGGAUUUCCACUGGAGGCCUGCAGGAAGGCGGUGUACUACACUGGGAACACUGGAAUCGACGCUGCCAUGAACUGGAUCAUGAGCCACAUGGACGAUCCGGACUUCUCCGCCCCCCUGGUGAUGCCGGGCUGCAGCUCCGGCCCCGGGACCACGCCCACCGAGAGCCUCUCCGAGGAGCACCUGGCAACCAUCGUCUCCAUGGGUUUCAGCAGAGACCAGGCGACCAGAGCACUCAGAGCCACGAGUAACGUGCUGGACCGGGCAGUGGACUGGAUCUUCUCUCACCUGGACGACCUGGAGUCCAUGGACGUGUCUGAGGGGGGGCGCUCGGCCGCAGAGAGCGAGGGGGGCAGGGAUCCUCCUCCUGGGCCUCGAGUCCGAGAUGGACCUGGCAAAUAUGAGUUGUUUGCAUUCAUCAGCCAUAUGGGGACGAGCACCAUGUGCGGCCACUACGUCUGCCACAUCAAGAAGGACCAGCAGUGGGUCAUCUUCAACGACCAGAAGGUGUGUGCUUCAGAGAAACCUCCCAAAGACCUGGGGUACCUCUACUUCUACCGCAGGGUGGCAGAAUAAUGAGGCGGCGGCGGCGGCGCUUUCACACGCGUGACAACGUUUGUAGUUGCACUCCAACAAGCUCUUACAAUUCACCCUGGCACGCUUCACAGCUGACAAACAUGUAAAUAAAUCUCUGAGAGUGCAUAUAUACACACCCUUAAACAAACUGGUGCAGAUGUACAGAUGAGGUGUUCUGGGGGGGGGGGG